AUGGCUACCUCGACCAAGAUCCAGCUCACGGCGAACGAGAAGCCGGCAUUUUUCGUCGCGCCGUUGAAGAAGGAGUCAGCCGAAAAGGUGUCGGAGCUCCUGCAAGAGAACCACGAGAAGUAUCAUAUCUAUUUCAAUUAUGAGGGAUUCCACAACCACAUUGUCCACCACCUCCUCACCCUCUACGCCCUCGGUGCCACCCCUUCGGCCAUCCAGGCCGCCUACGACGCCAACAAGACCUACCAGCGGCCGCCGGUGCCCCUGCACCCGCGCGUCACGGCGGACCUCAGCAACCGGACGACCUUCGCCGCGCACCUGGGCGACGAGGCCUACUACGGUGAUUAUCUGGUGCACUUUGCGCGCGAGCUGGACGCCAAGGGCGUGUCGGCGGUGCUGAGCGAGUACCUGUUCGCGCGCGACGAGCGCGCCGACGACCUGCUGGUGCGCACCUUCGCCGGCUUCGUGCACCCGCUGAUCCACCUGGGCUUCGGCGUCGAGUUCGCGCAGCCCACCAUCGUCGCCGAGGCCCUCGCCCAGGCCGCUACGCACGACGCUUGGAUCGGCGGCUUCCUGCUCGGCGCGGAGCGCGUUGCGGACGCGCAGAAGAAGGAGGGCAAGGCGGAUGCUGGCGUCACGCUCGGGCAGCUGCUCGCUGAGAUUAGGGCCGACGAGAAGCUCGCGGGCGCGGCGCGGUGGGAGGACGCGAACAAGCUACGCGACGGCGUCGUCGGGAGGGCUGGGAAGGAGAUGUGCGAGCUCGCGGCGAAGUGGGUUGUCGAUGAGAACAGCAGCGAGAAGGAACUGGAGCGCAAGACGGCCGAGAUGAUCGAUGCGUCCGUCUUCUUUACCGCCGCUCCUCAACGGCCCCCGCACGUUGCGAAGAUCGACUUCUUCUACAUGCACUCGGUCACCUCCUCCAUCUUCUUCACUUCCUUCCUCACUUCGCCGCUCUUCCCCUCCAAUGCCCGCGCCCGCCUCCUCGAAUGGAAGGGCCGCUUCGACCUCGCCGGCUACGCCUCCCGCGGCGCUCCCGAGCUCCCGGCCGCCGAGAUCGUCAACUACGUCUCUUCAAACCAUCGUAAUCAUGGCUGGCAGCAGCUGUUUGAUCGUGUGAACAGCAUGACCGAUGACGACGGGCAUACUCCCAAGCUCCUGCGAGCCGUCGCUAACGGUGCGCAGGCGUGUGCGAAGCUGCGUCAGGAGGAUAGGAGGGGCUUUGCGAUCGAGGGGCAGGAUGCUUGGCUGAAGGCGGCUGCCAUGGGAAUGGACGGCGUGCAGGCAGGCGGCCCGAAGUGGCUGAGGAGCGGCGGAUUCGAGAAGGCCUGGGCGGAGGUUCCGGUUCGUGCAGAUGAUGGACAGAAGGCACAGCUGUGA